AUGGGCGGCAAGGAUUCCAUCUUGGGGAAUCCAACAUAUAUAAUUUCCCCUAAGGAUGCCAAGGAUCCCAUAUUAGGGGAUCCAACAUAUAUAAUUGCCUCUAUGGGAAACAAGGACCCUAUCUUGGGGAAUCUAGCAUAUAUAAUUUCCUCUAUGAGUGACAAAGAUCCUAUCUUAGGGGAUCCAACAUAUAUAAUUGAUUCUAUGGGCGUAAAGGAUUCCAUCUUGGGAAAUCUAGCAUAUAUAAUUGCCUCUAUGAGCGACAAGGAUCCCAUCUUGGGGAAUCCAACAUAUAUAUUUCCUCCAUGGGUGGCAAGGAUCCCAUCUUGGGGAAUCCAACAUAUGAAAUUUCCUCUAUUGAAAGGCUUUCUCGUGAGCAUGGAUUUUCUGCAAAGGCUUUAUCAUGUUAUGAGGUCGGAUGGAAGGCUCUGUUGUUCUCGCUCGCUUCAUCGGGCGACAUUAUCUCAUGGAUGA